UAAAUAGCUGGGCAACCGGGAAUAGGCUUUGCCAAGUGUUCAAGAUACUCGGCUUUUCUCCUCUUGCCAACCCCUUCCAGCAGACUCACAAGUAUCCUGUUUCCCACAAACCUAAAGCGCUGUUUUUGUUUUGCCCUAGUGUCACCUCCCCCAAAUUUCUCUCCCAGCCUUAAAUACCGGUUGACGGACACCCCCCGCCGCUCUCCACCCCUCUACUCAUAUCCUGCUUUUGCCCCUCCGCUCUGUAUUUUUUCUUUGCCCGCUCCUUAUAUUUUCUCUCUCUCUCAAUUAUAUCUUAUCCCGCUUUUAUAUUCUAUCCACAUUUUUCUUUCCGAAAUGAGCCUGUCCACAACCACAACCACCACCUCCACUACCGAACAGCCGCAACUGCGGACGCACGCACUGUCUGUGGUCGAGUCCAUCGAGUCCAUGCCCAGCCGGUGCGAGUCGCCACUGCUGCCAAUGGGCCAGAGCACGCGGUACCAGACCGACCCUAACCGGCUAUCGGACCAGCUCGGCAAGGUGCGCAGCCGGUUCAGCCAGCACUCGAUCCUGAACAAGAACUACGCGAUCCACGACGACGAGGAAUUGGCGAAUCCGCCACCGGACAAGCGCAAGCACAAGGUACUGACGCGCGCCAAAUCGUACAAGAUCGCGGCAGCCGAAGCUGGCAGGGUGCGCGAGUUCUCGUCGAAACUGAAGAGUGCGUGCCGCAAGCUGAAUCCGAAGCGGCGGGCGCGGAAUGCCCAUGGCGAGCCUAGCGAGAGUCCGUCCGGGCCGCGCAAAAGCGAUACGUUCCCGAUGCCCAUGAGCAAUUUGUCGCUGUGAGCGCAUAGGAAGCUCAGUUACGGGUUCUUUUCUACCCUUUCAAUAAUCUGUCAAUAUAAUGCUUUUCUUUCGUACA